UCACUUCAAAAUUUUUGUUUAUCACGCUGUAAAUUCCGGUUAGACUUGCAGCUUCAUCCUCCGUACACCUGCAAUUUCCUGAACUUCUUGAUAAUUUUCGAGGAAAAUUUGUUAAAAUGAUAAAGCUAACAUCUAGUGUGGACUUUACAGAUGGAAUUCUUGUAAUUCCUAGUGUUUGUGUGGGAAAUGUGGCUCAACUGGCAGCGGAUUUGAUUGUUGAGACACUGAAGAUGCAAAAAGUAGGAAUACUGUGGCAUCCGGCUGUGAUUCCUAUCAUUGGACCUCCUGCGUACUGGCGAGACAACAAGGAUUCAACAACAACAGCUUGUGAACUCUUUACAGUGGAUGUCGCAGAAACGAACAAAAUCUCUGUCCUGCAAAUCCGGUCUCCUUUGGUAGCAUCCCUGAUGUUUGAUUUCUUCCAACAACUUAUGGAAUUUGUGGAGAAACAGAAAUUCAGAGAAGUUAUAAUUCUCAGCAGUUGCUAUGCUCAUGAGAAGCAUCUUGUUGAAGAGAGUCCCUUUGAGUACAAUGCUUCGAAAGAAUUUCAGAGGAUUCGUCAUGACAAAAUUAGUCCUCUGAACUGGAAGCAGCAUUCAGGCGAGGGAUUUCCUCAUAUCCUGGGUGGUGGAUUUGCUUCGCAACUCUUUCAGAGAUUCGAAGAACGGAAUAUACCUGCUCUUUUGCUCUACAAAUAUGUAUCUGAGGGAGAUAAUUCCCCAGAUGCACGACAAAUGACCAAUAAACUCAAUGAAUACCUUGGUGUUCUGCCCAAGAAGGAAGAUGGAACAGCCAGGCUUACUACACCACCCUCCUGGAAGCUACUAUUUGGGGAUGCUGCACCCAGGAGCAUGUUUUGAAACCGCAAUAAUAAAAAAAAAUUGUAAAAUCCCAAUAAAUUUUCU